UCAAAUCAUUCGCUAACUGGUAAACUGUCCAACAAGAUGAAGUACACCCUAAUGGUCCUGGCUCUGCUGGCACCGCUGACUGCUGCCGCCAGUUUGGGGGCUACAGAAGCAGAACCAGAGCCCAAUGCCUUUGUGCAGUCUGUGAGGGAACUGCACAGGGGUCCGCCUGUGCAGCAAACGCGGAAUAUAGCUAAUGUAGAGACGCGUUGGUUCACCCUAAAGUUGGACAACUUUAAUGCCGCGAAUAACGCCACCUGGAAGGACCGCGUGCUGAUCAACGAGGACCACUUUACGGCUGGUUCCCCCAUCUUCAUUUACUUGGGCGGCGAAUGGGAGAUUGAGCCGAGUUCCAUUACCUCGGGACUGUGGGUGGACAUUGCCAAGGAGCACAAUGGCUCACUGAUCUACACGGAGCAUCGUUUCUUUGGCAAGAGUUUUCCCAUAACUCCGCUGUCCACCAAAAAUCUGAAAUAUCAGAGCGUCCAGCAAGCCCUGGCCGAUGUGGUGAAUAUCAUAAAGAUCCUGAAGCAGGAGGACAAGUACAAGGACUCCAAGGUGCUCGUCUCCGGCUGCUCCUACUCGGCCAGUAUGGCCACAUGGAUCAGGAAGCUCUAUCCCGAUGUGAUCCUGGGCAGCUGGGCCUCGUCUGCCCCACUGCUGGCCAAGGUGGACUUCGCGGCCUACAUGGAGGUGGUGGGGCAGUCCUUUAAGCAGCUUGGUGGCCAGUACUGCUACGAUCUUAUCAACAAUGCGACUUCCUACUAUCAGAAACUCUUUGAGAGUGGACGGGGCGCCAAGGCCAAGAAGGAACUUAAUCUGUGUGCAAGUUUCAAUGCGAAAAGCGAACAUGAUCGCUGGCAGAUCUUCAGCACCAUUGCCAAUGUGUUUGCCGGACUGGCGCAGUAUCAAAAGCCUGGAAACUAUGAUCUGCCCAGGUAUUGCUCCGUGCUGCGUUCCUUCAGUGAUGAUGAUGCCGAGGCCCUCUCGCUAUUUGUGCAAUGGCAAUUGGGCUAUCCGAAAUGCGUGAGUGUCAGCUAUCAGGGCACGAUCAAUUACUACAAAUGGGCAAAGAAUAACUAUGAAGAUGACACUGGCCUUCCCUGGAUCUAUCAGACUUGCAGCGAAUUUGGUUGGUACCAGUCCUCGGGCAGUCCUAACCAGCCCUUUGGUUCCUCCUUCCCAGCCACACUCUACACCGACACCUGCCACGAUGCCUUCAGCCCGAACUACACCUUGAACCACAUCGAGGCCAACACUGCAGCCACCAACGCGGAGUUCAGGGGCAUCGAUAUUGAUGUGAACAAUGUAUACUGGACCCAGGGCGGUCUGGAUCCAUGGAGCAAGGUUGGCGCAGGAGAAGCCCAAGGGGCCACCAUCAUACCCCAAGCCUCGCACUGCUCCGAUUUGGGUUCUAUAAGCCUCAAUGAUAGCCCCGUGCUGAUGGCCUCCAAGCUGAAGUUGAAACAACUCGUUAAGGAUUGGUUGGCGCAGUAAAUCGAUGGGAAAUUAUGGCUAAAUCUUCAAUUUUCUAUAACAAAUAUUUAAUCCCCAAUAUUGGUCUCAAUAAAGCGAACAUUUAAGCUUUA